CAUCAUCAAGGGAUCAGUGGCAGCUUGGAAAACUUGGCAGAAACAAGAGGAGUCUGAAUCGUCGGCAUUUCCCAGUAGACCGAAGAUCGUGGUCUGUGCUCAGGCUCGAAGCUCGACCACUUACGGACAGUGAUGUGAUUCACGCGGCAGCUGAUUCUGUAUUUUUGAAUGCCGGCUUUGCGAUAAGCCAUCUUGUGCAAUGAGUGCCCCUGAGAAUAGGAAAUGCUGGGGACGAGACAAGCAGAAGCUGUUGGACCUUUCGCUGCAGCACUUAUGGAUGGGGUCGUAGUUAGGAUGCUGGCCUCUGCAACUGUUUCGCAGAAUAGAUUGAAGCCAAUCUUAGUACGCGCAACUCUGAACUCUUGUUGUGACUCGACGGAUUUCCUGCUCGGUCCGGCCUGUUAUCGUGCUAGACAAUGUUAGUAAGUAGUUCGAUGUCCAGGGCAGUGAGUGAGUGAAUGAAUGCAUGCCUGUCCGCUCAUACAUUCUCUAGGCUCUCCAGCAGACGUGGUUGACUUGAGUCCAGAUCUGGAGUUGCGUCGGGUUCCGAGAGAUGGCUCCAAGUUUCUCUCGGGUCCAAUUCUGACGGACGGGGAGACUCGCCAGCUCAGAAGACAUCACAGGCAGAAGAGCUCCAGCUCUGGUCCUUUUCGUUGGUCAAGAAUUUCGUCUCAGCAGGAGCUAUCGGUCCUGUCAUUGGACUGCACGCUGUAGCGUUGGUGGAUGACGGUGGAAAGCAGCAUGGUGCAACAGAGGGGCUGAGUAGAUAGAUUGCAGGCAAUCUUAGCGAGCGCUGCUGUGCGGGACGGAUUUCGAAUCUAGCGUAUCGAGAGUAUUUCACUUCUCGGCUCAGAAUACGUAGUUGGCUAGAGUCUGCCUGGGCUUGCAGUAGCCAUCGACAGCAGUGAGGACCGUGGAGUUAUAGAGUAAAACUCAGAAUCUGUGGCUGGUGCAUGGACAUUCCAUCCUCGACAGGACGUGCGAGUUUCGGGAUUGUCACUCCUCCAAGAGAGAUGCCAGCUCUUCGACGAUAGCAUCGACGUUCAGAGCAUCGACCUGUGCAGGCCGAAACUUCAAGCUACUCGUCGGUCCUCGAGGUGCAGCGAUGAUGACGUCGACGGCAUUGCUUCAGGCGACGCUGCUGCUUUUGUGUAUUAUCUGCUCAUCUGCCCAGAGCCCAAAUUUCUUGAGUAUCGACUGCGGGGCGACAAUCAAUUAUACAGAUUCGAAGGGCAUUGAUUGGGUCACAGAUGAUGGCUACAUAUCUACGGGUCUGAACGUGGAAGUGGGUCUGUCAGCUGUACCCGGUCAAGAACACUACUCAACAUCCAGAUACUUUCCUGAUUCUCGGAACAAGCACUGCUACGUGGUGCCAGCCGUGGCUAGAACUACGUAUCUGAUCAGAGCUGUAGUUCUGCACGGGGGAGCCAGUGUGUUUGGCUUGCCAGUCAAAUUCUCCGUCACCGUGAACAGCAAUGUGUGGUUCACUCGGUCAGUCACUUUGAACGACCCUACUGUCAACACACCGGUGGUAAGCGAGUGCAUAAUUUUCAGCACGAAGAAGACUAUCGAUGUGUGUGUGGUCCGAGGUCCAGACGGUACACCAUAUCUUUCAUCUUUGGAAUUUCGGGUGAUGCCGCCGGGCACAUACGUCACAGCAGAAGGAGCUGACAAGUUCAUGGAGAAUAUGUGGAGAAUGAACACAGGGCCAGGAGCAAAUGAUCAAGUUCUUGUGAGGUACCCGGAUGAUCAAUAUGAUCGCUUCUGGUUCCCAGCAAGUCCAGCCGAUUUCCCAACACCUGGCCUGAUUUCGAAUACCACAGCGCUUCAAUUUCCUGAGACUUACGGGAUUGGGUACAACAUACCACCCGAGGCGGUACUGAAGGACGCAUGGGAAGGACCUGAUCUCUCAUGGUCAUGGCUUGUGAACUCUGAUACAACGAGGAUAUACCUUUCGCUGUACUUUCAAGAGAUUAGGAAAAACGUCACUGUCUCGACGGAGAACCCGGUCGGCAUUUACAUCAUCAUUGAUGGAGACCCGAUUACAGUGUUUGAAUACAACAUUACCGAAAGGUUUCCCAGAUCAGUCUACUACAACUAUGAUGUCGCAGGGUCAGAGGUGAAUGUCACCAUUCUGACGCAGCCUUGGUCCCAGGCAGACGCGAUUCUGAACGCAAUGGAGCUGUAUGAUGUCAGAGAUAUCAAUACGACGUACACGCUUGCUAAAGAUGUCACUACGUUACAGCUGGUGAAGGAGAAGUUCAAUCUUACUUCUUGGACGGGCGACCCUUGCUAUCCAGCAUCUUACAAUUGGGUAGCUUGUGACGGCAAUAACAGAAUAUCCAUCCUAUUUCUAUCGAACAUGAAUCUAACGGGCGACAUUCCUUCUGAAAUAGGGGAUCUCGCUGCGCUGAGAGAAAUAUACAUGGAUAAUAACGAUCUCACUGGAGGGAUCCCCACUUCUUUGACCCUUCUCGCUACCCUUAGUACCUUGUCCCUUGACAACAAUAGCUUGAGUGGAGGAAUCCCAACUUCAUUGCAAAACAGAAACGGAUUCACAUUCUCUGGAAAUCCAAAUUUGACUCUGUGCCAACCCACCGAUGCACAAUGUAAUAAUCCAGAUCCAGGAACUGGAUCUAGCAGCAGCUCUAACACUGGGAUUAUCAUCGGUGUGGUGAUUGGUGUAAUUGUAGCCGUGAUAUUUGCAACUGGCCUCACUGUUUACCUCGUACGAAAGAACAAGGGAAAGAAACCUGUGGGAGGAGCGCUGGCUCAGUAUUCUGGACCAGGCAUCGCAAAUCUAUCAGGGAGUUCAUACGAUAUCGCCAACUCCAGAUCGUCAGUCUCGGCAUCUGAUCUGUCGGCUCCAUCUCUUCCACCCGACAGAGUGCAUGCCUUCAAGGCAGCUGGUUUAAUGUCCAUGAGAGAAGUGCUAACUGCAACUCGAAACCACUCAAAGAAGAUUGGAGAGGGAGGUUAUGGACCUGUUUACUAUGGUAAGUUACCGAACGGGAGGGAGGUCGCUGUGAAGGUGAACAAGAUUGGAGCCAACCAAGGCAGCCCCGAGUUUGUCAACGAGGUUGCUCUGCUCACGAGGGUUCACCACAGGAAUCUCGUCUCUCUUCUGGGAUUUUGUGAGGAGAAUGACGAAAGAAUACUGGUGUACGAGUACCAGCAUAAUGGAACACUCAGCGAUCUUUUAUACGGUCCUAAUGCCGCUGCGAACCCUCUGAACUGGAGAACGAGACUUGAUCUUGCUCUCAACGCCGCCAAAGGAUUGGAGUAUCUGCACAUAGGAUGCAAUCCACGUAUCAUCCAUAGAGACAUCAAGAGCAGUAAUAUUCUCAUUGACGACAAAAUGGUAGCAAAAGUAGCAGAUUUUGGGAUCUCGAAAUCCACUCCUGAGCAAACCAUGACAGUAUCAGCAGCUGCUCAUGUGUCGAAUGUCAUUAGGGGCACCCCAGGAUAUAUCGACCCAGAGUACCUCAUAACCCAUGUCUCGAGCGAGAUGAGUGAUGUCUUCAGCUUCGGUGUAGUCCUCAUGGAAAUCGUUGCUGGGCGUCCCCCUUUUACCAUUGAUGAUCAUGGUGUACCGUUCAUCCUCCAGGAUAUGAUGAGAAGAAGUAUGGUAACAAAUGACAUCUACAGCAUUGUAGAUCCAGCCCUCGGUGGUCAGUUCAAUCCGGAGUCUGUGUGGAAGAUGUGUGAUGUAGCACUGGCCAGUGUGCAGCGAGAAGGAGUGAAUAGGCCCACCAUGACCGAAGUUGUCAAAGGCCUGACAGAGGCUAUGGAAAUGGAAUUCUCGUCAUCCAAUACAAGCGGCCGCCACACGAUGUCCUCACAACUGUCAAGAACUCAGUCGUAAUAGCGACCUUCGCCACAUCUUUUCGCCAUCACUCCGUGAAUUUCAUCGAGAUCAACAUGUGAGCUCGCGAGGGACCGAUUCCAUAAUGAAAAAGAAACCCGUGAGCUCUUUCUUUCGCGAAAUCCGGUUCUACGAAUGGACGUAGAACCAUCUGAUCGGUAGACGUGAAGUUACACUUGCGAGCUGUGCACUACUCUUUAAUUCUGUGGGGUUCUGCCGAGAAGAAGAGCCUCUCGUGCGGAAGAAAAGGCAAAUUACUGCACAAAUUUUGACCUGCAUCGUUUGGGGUUUACUCAGUAUUUGAGCUUGAGAUUUGAGUGUUGCAACACUACUGAUUCACAGUAGUACUGUACAGCGAUGGGUUCAGACAUGAACAUCGAGACUCAAUUUUUACUAUAUCGAUUUUUUUGGCGUUAUCUUGUACUAAUAUGUAGUGACUCGUUAUAGCGACGGACUUGGCAAAUCCGGUCUGCAAUCUGAGUUUAGUUUAGAAGCUCCAGGAUAGAUCCGUCAACCUUUUGAUUGAGGGUGAACGCCGUGAAGUACAAUGUAGAGUGAGCUAGAAUACUCCCAGACUGAACAGAAUUCGCGGCUUCUAAUCUCCCGACUUCAAUUAGUUGACAGCAAAUUACGAGUAGAAUCUGUAAGCAUCGAGGAGGAGAGCUGUUGAUUUAUGAAAGUUGAGCAACACCCAGAUGACGAGGGACAUUAAACCCGAAUCUAGCAGUUAGGAGGUCGUCGUAUUUGGUUUGCUGACUCCGAUUAUUGAAAGAAAUAAAGAAUCAUGGUUGAAGAUUAUUUCGGG